ACAAAUGUUUCACUGCAAAGGAUUCAACACUUCUUGUCACAUGAUGAGCUUGAUCCAAACUGUGUGGAAACCAAGUCAAUUACUCCAGGAUAUGCAGUUACCAUAAGGCAUGGAACAUUCAGCUGGGCAAAGGAUCUUGACCCAGCUCUGAAAGAUAUAAAUUGGCUAGUCCCCACUGGUUCUUUGGUGGCCGUAGUGGGCCAGGUUGGCUGCGGGAAGUCUUCCUUGGUGUCAGCUCUUCUUGGUGAAAUGGAGAAACUCAGUGGAGAUGUGGCAGUGAAGGGUUCGGUUGCUUAUGUACCCCAGCUACCUUGGAUCCAGAAUGCUACUUUGAAAGAUAAUAUUUUGUUUGGCCACCCUCUUAACGAGCUGAAAUAUCAGACUGUGUUAGAGGGAUGUGCCUUGAAACAAGAUCUUGAGAUGCUUCCUGGAGGAGAUCAAACAGAAAUAGGUGAGAAGGGCAUCAAUCUUUCAGGUGGCCAGCGGCAGCGAGUAAGCCUUGCCCGUGCUGUGUUCAGCAACACUGAUGUUUAUUUGUUAGAUGAUCCUCUUUCAGCAGUAGAUUCUCAUGUGGCAAAACACAUCUUUGACAAUGUUGUUGGACCAGAAGGAAUACUUAAAGGAAAGACUCGAAUUUUGGUGACCCAUGGCGUUCAUUUUUUACCUCAGGUGGACUACAUUGUAGUUGUUGUGGAUGGUAGAAUCUCUGAAAUGGGAUCCUAUCAAGAGCUUUUGCAACAAAACGGGGCUUUUGCAGAAUUCCUCCGCAAUUAUGCACCUGAUGAAGAUAUAGAAGAAGAUGAGCCAACAAUAAUGGAGGAUGAAGAGGUUCUGCUUGCUGAAGACACUCUCAGCAACCACACAGAUCUGGCAGAUAAUGAACCAGUCACAAAUGAAGUCCGCAAACAGUUCCUCAGGCAACUCAGUGUAAUAUCUUCAGAUGGUGAAUUAUCUAGCAAAAAGUCUACCAAACGAAAGGUGUGUGACAAAAAGUCCAUGGAGCCUCCUGUAAAAGGCACUUCUGAGAAACUCAUCCAGGCAGAAACUGCUGAAACUGGCACAGUCAAAUUUACUGUUUUCUGGCAAUACAUGAAGUCUGUUGGUCCUCUUAUUUCUUUGUUGAUAUGCUUCCUGUAUUCCUGCCAAAAUGGUGCUGCAGUUGGGGCCAAUGUAUGGCUCAGUGCGUGGACCAACGAUAAAGUGAUAAAUGGGACUCAAGAGAAUGUGAAAAUGCGAAUUGGAGUCUAUGCUGCCCUGGGUAUCUUGCAAGGGCUGUUUGUUCUGAUCUCUUCCUUUUCCCUAGCCAUGGGUGGCAUCAAGGCAGCCCGUAUUCUGCAUGCAGCACUGCUAGAAAAUAAGCUCCACACUCCACAGUCUUUCUACGAUACAACUCCAACAGGCCGAAUCAUUAACCGCUUUUCUAAGGACAUCUAUGUGAUUGAUGAAGUGAUACCGCCAACCAUACUGAUGUUUCUUGGAACCUUCUUUAAUUCUGUAUCCACAAUGAUUGUGAUCAUAGCAAGCACUCCGAUAUUUGCUGUGGUUAUAAUACCUUUAGCAGUUGUGUAUUAUUUUGCGCAGCGGUUCUAUGUAGCUACCUCUCGUCAAUUAAAGCGACUGGAAUCCGUUAGCAGAUCCCCCAUAUAUUCGAAUUUUUCGGAAACAGUCACAGGAGCCAGCAUCAUCCGAGCCUACAAAAGAGAGACGUCUUUUAUUUACACCAAUGACACAAAGGUGAAUGACAAUCAGAAAAGUUACUAUCCUGGAAUUGUAGCCAACAGGUGGCUGGGAGUUAGAGUUGAAUUUGUGGGAAACUGCGUAGUAUUCUUUGCAGCCCUUUUUGCCGUACUAAGUAAAAACAGUUUGAGUGCUGGCCUCGUUGGACUUUCUGUAUCUUACGCACUUCAGGUGACAAUGUCUCUGAACUGGAUGGUACGAAUGACAUCUGAUCUGGAAAGCAAUAUUGUGGCUGUAGAAAGAGUGAAAGAAUACUCUGAAAAUGAAACUGAGGCACCCUGGAUCAUAGAGGAUAAAAGACCUCCAGAGGAAUGGCCCACCCAGGGAGAAGUGGUCUUUACAAAGUAUUCUGUCAGGUAUAGGAAAGGACUCGAUUUGGUGCUGAAAGACCUCAGUUUGAGUGUAAAAGGUGGAGAAAAGGUUGGGAUUGUUGGACGAACUGGAGCUGGCAAAUCCUCAAUGACCCUCUGCCUCUUCAGGAUACUAGAAGCCACAAAGGGGGAGAUUACCAUUGAUGGGGUGAAAAUUGCAGAUAUUGGCCUUCAUGACUUGCGAUCCAAGCUGACUAUAAUUCCCCAAGACCCUGUUCUUUUUUCUGGAACACUGCGAAUGAAUUUGGAUCCCUUUAAUAAAUAUUCUGAGGAAGAAAUAUGGAAAGCUCUUGAACUGUCCCAUCUGAAGAGGUUUGUCAGCAGUCAGCCUGCUAUGCUCGAAUUUGAAUGUUCAGAAGGAGGAGAAAAUCUGAGCGUUGGCCAAAGGCAGCUUGUUUGCUUGGCAAGAGCUCUCCUUCGCAAAACAAGGAUACUUAUUUUGGAUGAAGCCACGGCAGCAAUUGACCUUGAGACAGAUGAUCUCAUUCAGAUGACAAUAAGAACACAGUUUGAAGACUGUACUGUACUAACAAUUGCUCAUAGACUGAAUACAAUUAUGGAUUACACCAGAGUCCUAGUUCUGGACAGAGGAAGAAUUGCAGAAUUUGACUCUCCUUCAAGUCUUAUUGCAUCCAGAGGGAUUUUUUAUGGUAUGGCUAAAGAUGCCGGAUUGGCAUAACAGCAAGCUACUCUGCUCCAUUGAAGGAGUGAUUAUUGGGCUGUGAUAUUUUUCACUCCAAAAUAGCAUCCUGAAUGAACUGUGUUUUUCUCUAUCAGAUUUAGCGAUAGAGAAGCAAAACUUCAUAGGACUGAGAAACAGAAAAUGUCAUUUUCUAUUUUAAAAUAUAUUUUCUACGUACUGAACUAUUUUUAAUUGAGAAACAUCUUAAGUAAUUGGAUACAAGUACAUAUGCAUACCUGUACUCUAUUUCAUUUCUAAUAAAUUACAUUUGAUGAUAUAAAAAUA